AUGGCGGCCUGGGCGAACCUUCAUGCGGACUUGAUCAGGCGUAUCCAUGGAUGUCUAGAAGAUCUAAUGGAUCAGAUCAGCUUUAGGUGUGUCUGCGUUUCCUGGCAGGAUGCCGUGGAGGGCAACCCUCACCAUCACAUGCGGCCUCUUCCCCCGUGGCUGAUUCUCCCCACCGGUGCUCAUGCCGGUGGCCGUACUUUACUCCCAUCGGUCGACCUCGUCAGCUACGCCGAGAGAAGAAGGCGUAAGAGUAUCCGUCUCCCGUGGGAGUCCACGGACGGGGGAUUUGCGCUGAUGGGAUCCGCUGCCGGAUGGGUGGUUGCCGCCGACCAGGCGGCCGAGUUGCAUCUGCUAAAUCCCAUCACCGGAGCGCAUGCCCGCCUCCCAUCCAUCACUACCCUCCCGGCCAUCGCAGCCGUACUACAGACCGAUGGACGAGUCACCGGCUAUCUCUUUCGUGUCUCACCGAAUAUGGUACACAAGACCAGCUGCGAUCACACGCGAUGCAUGCUCUACGACAAGGUAACCGUGUGCUCCUCCUCUUCAGACUCAUGGACGACGAUGAUCGUGUUCUACCGUGGCCGGUUGGCCUUCGCCAGUGUAGGGGACGAGCGGUGGUCUUUGCUGCAGACACAGAACGAGAGUUUGGCGUGCGACGUGACGUACCACAGGGGCCGAUUCUACUCGCUGCACAACGACGGGUCGGUCAGCGCUUGGAAUCUCACGGACGGCGCAUCGUCUCGAGUCCGCUUCAACGUCCAACCCCGGAGCCUGAUCGACGUACCCGUACUGAACGACUACCUGGUGGGAUCGGGAGACGACCUGCUGCGGGUAUCGAGGUGGAGCGAUCGGCUUGAGGGAGACAAACGCAGAAGGCUAAGGUUCCGAGUGUCCAGGCUGGAUGAGAGCGGAUGGGUGGCCCUGCAAAGCUUGGGUGAGCGAGCACUGUUUCUGGGGUCGAACCGCGGUAUCUCUCUCUCUACGGUGGCGUUCCCGGAGUUCAAACCAGACUGUAUCUACUACGCCAAGUCCGGUGUCGUGGGUAUAUGCCACCUAGAACAUGGACUCAUCCUGCCUCAUGGUGCGAGCAUACCGAAUCUUAAAGAUGGCUUUAUCGUGCCCGAUUACAUGUAUAGCCGGCCGCCGCCUCUCUGGUUCACACCACGUGCUUGCUGA